UCACAACCUUAGAAGACACUCUGCCACCUCGGCUGUGCCACCCACUCCAUCCCUCUCCGUUUCUUUAUCAUAUUUAAUCACCUGCAGUCAGUGGUCAGGCAGAUAUCAGCGCUGUGAUGAUUGGCUUGCGACGAGGAGUAGGCGGGGCCUGCUCCGAUGCAUCACACACGUACCAGCGCAGCAGGACAAAUCCUCUCUCUCUCUCACUCUCCCUCCCCCUCUCUCUACCUCUCGCUCUGCCUUUCAUACAUACGCCAGAGCGCAGACUGCAGCAGAACGCAGGGCCAGUAGGAUUUUCCUCCUCAUACUGGAACAGCCGACAAACCAGAGAGACAGUUUGCCGCUGAGGAAGAGAGCGACAUUAUUCAUGGAGGAUCCACUGAGGAGUACCUGACCCACAAGCUGCUGAGUGUGUGGGUUUGUAUCUGGCUCACAGAAGCAGUUGUGCGGACUCCUACGUGCACUCAUCCCUCCUUCGGGACAGGCCCACUCCCUCCUCAUUUAAGAAUAGGAUGCCCGGCUCUGCGCCCUUGUGCUGAGGAGGCGUCUGCGGGCAACAGUAUGGGCGCUGUGCUGGCCGGCAUCCCCACCACCCCCUCCACCACCGAUCUGCCACCACCACGCUGCCCCACCGAGACGGGCGCUUCCCCCAGCCCCGCUGAUGGGCGAAGACACUGACGCCACACCGACGCUCAACCACCGCGGCUUCCUCCCCGACCACAAUUAUGUGACUGAAGCUGAUAUCAUCUCCACUGUUGAGUUCAACCACACCGGAGAGCUCCUGGCCACAGGGGACAAGGGAGGCCGAGUGGUCAUCUUUCAGAGGGAACCUGAGAGCAAGACUGAGCCAUUCUCACAGGGAGAGUAUAAUGUCUACAGCACCUUCCAGAGCCAUGAGCCUGAGUUCGACUACCUUAAGAGUCUGGAGAUUGAGGAGAAGAUCAAUAAGAUCCGAUGGCUGCCUCAGCAGAACGCCGCACACUUCCUCCUCUCCACCAAUGAUAAGACCAUUAAGUUGUGGAAGGUGAGUGAAAGAGACAAACGGCCGGAGGGGUACAACCUGAAGGAUGAAGAGGGUCGCAUCAAGGACAUCUCCACCGUCACCUCCCUACAGGUGCCGGUGUUGAUGCCGAUGGACCUGAUGGUGGAGGUGAGCCCGCGGCGAGUGUUUGCCAACGCCCACACCUACCACGUCAACUCCAUUUCCGUCAACUCCGACUAUGAGACCUACAUGUCAGCCGAUGACCUGAGGAUCAACCUCUGGCAUCUGGACAUCACCGACCGCAGCUUCAACAUUGUGGACAUCAAGCCAGCCAACAUGGAGGAUCUGACAGAGGUGAUCACGGCGGCUGAGUUUCACCCCCACCACUGUAACCUGUUUGUCUAUAGCAGCAGCAAAGGCACCCUGCGCCUCUGUGACAUGAGAGAAGCAGCGCUCUGCGACAAACACUCCAAAUUGUUUGAGGAGCCCGAGGACCCCAGCGCCCGCUCCUUCUUCUCCGAGAUCAUCUCCUCUGUGUCCGAUGUCAAGUUCAGCCACAGCGGUCGCUACCUGCUCACCAGAGACUACCUGACUGCCAAAGUCUGGGACCUCAACAUGGAGAGCAAGCCCCUGGAGACAUACCAGGUUCACGAUUACCUCCGCAGCAAGUUGUGUUCCCUUUACGAAAACGACUGCAUCUUCGACAAGUUUGAGUGUGCCUGGAACGGCUCAGACAGUGUCAUCAUGACUGGAGCCUACAACAACUUCUUUCGCAUGUUCGACCGCAACACCAAACGUGACGUGACCCUGGAGGCAUCGCGAGAGAGCAGCAAACCCCGUGCCGUCCUGAAGCCGCGAAGAGUCUGCGCUGCCGGAGGAAAACGCCGGAAGGACGACAUCAGCGUGGACAGCCUGGAUUUCACCAAGAAGAUCCUCCACACAGCCUGGCACCCGACUGAGAACAUCAUUGCCAUCGCCGCCACCAACAACCUGUACAUCUUCCAGGACAAACUCAACUCUGAGAUGCAUUAAUGAAGGGAUGUCAGCAGCGGAUACAAACGAGUUUACACCUGAACACACAGCUAUGCCAGAAUGUACACAUUUACGGACAUGCACACACAGGAAUAUGCCUAACACACACCUACACAGUCAGAAAACACACACACAUUUAGGUCUACUCUUUGACACACUCCCUCACCUCCUCCCCACCCAGCCUCCCAGAACUGAAAGGACCUAGAAAGGGCUAGAAAGGGAACAGGCUGGAUUACGCAAUGGAUUAUGGAUUGCAAAAUUGUCCAAACUGUGGAUUUCUUGAUUGUUAAGCUCUGGAUUGUGCUUGAUGGUGUGUUGAUUGCUACAGCUCAGCUUCUGAGAGGGAUAACCCCCCCCCCCCUCCCCCGGACUGGAGAGAUGUUUACAUAUUUGUCUUUUUUUUUUUCUUUUUUUUUUUGUUCUUCAGGCUCUUUUGCUUUCUCCACCUCCUCCUCCUCCUCUCCUGUCUGUAUUUGUGUGCUCGAACAAAGCCUAUUCUUAUCCCUUGCCCACUGUUUUGUGUAACGAAAACCCUUCGUGGUUGUCAACCAGCGGCACUGAUGAAAAUGGGGCAUUUACGUAACUGGCUGAUUUUUCCGAUCAGCUGAACCCCUCCCUUCCUCUGUUUUCGUAACUUCUUGUUAAAUGAUGUUAAUGAUGGUAAUUAUGAUGACGAUUUAAAGUGGUAACGUGUGAUGUGCAAGGAUGAAUUCGAGACCCUUCCCCUCAACCCAAGUGCACCCAGACGCCUCUGAGCUCAACUGGACCGUGUUCAGUCAGUGAGGUCAAACAUUGACAGUCCUGCAGACAGAAGCAGAAGUUACACCACGGCCUAAUGUGAGGACACACACUCAUAUCUGCUCCACACAGUGUGUUUCAGUCAUUAAUGUCAUCUUCGGCCCUUCUCUGAUUGUGGAUUCUGCUUCUGGUCCGAGGCUACAUCGUGUGCUACUUUGCCGUUCAAUACAACUCAAAUCAAGCAAAAAAAAAAAUAAACUUAAAAAAUGAAAUAAUUUCAACAAUCAAGCAAAAAGAUGCUGCAUGUAAAACCAAUUUAGCCUAGGUGUUUAUAAAUUGACUGACUGACUUGGCUGCCUUCUUAACCAUUUAGACCCAGCUGUACAAAGGCUUCAGGGGCCCCGGGGCCCCGUGCAGCACGAGUAACCAUAGACGACUGAGAUCUCCUACCUUUAUUUGUGUCUUCGGACACUGAAGCAUGUUUACCAGUGUUCGGUUCAUACACUUACAUGUACAUUUUGAAUGAAGCCGUCCAAGAAUCAGUUUCUCCUCGACUGAAACUGAGAACCAAGAAGAAUGGGGAAUGUUUUCAUUAAUGUUGUUCUCUAAAAGAAAAAAGAAAAAAAAUCAAAGGGCCUAAAUGGUGUCUGUAUAUAUCAACUCUGUUUUUGACAUGUAUGAGGUUUUGUUUUUUUAAACAUCCUUAAACGGACUGCAGACGCGAUCAUCCGCCUCGAUGACCGCCUCCAAAGCUACAGCAGAGAGAUGGUACUCUAAUCUCCUCAGCCUUCCUCACUUGAUUACUUUGCUGAUGUGCAGAAGCUUUUAUUUUUUAGAGAACAGUUUA